CUCGUCGUCUUUUCAAAUAAAAGGCUCAAUCAAAUGCAACUGGGUCGGUAUUUCCCAGAAAUUGGACAGACAGAAAUUCUUUCAUUAAUCCUCUUUCCCCCUCCUUUCUUCUCGGCCGUCAGCAUACCCAAGGAGGGACCUCUGCAACUCCAAAACAUAGAAGAAGAGAACCAACCAAACCUCCUCAACACCAAUUUCGAUCUCAGGAACAACAAACUCGGAGUUCAAUCACUCUCCUUCUCCAAAUGAUCAAGGAAGCGAAGGUUGAGCUGAAUGCAGUGCUCACACCGCCGUUGUCGUUGGAGAGUGGAUCGGCCGCCGAUUACAGAGCUCCGAAUCUUGUCCAGCGUGUCUUGAGCCUCUUCGGGAAUGUACGGCCAGGAUCUGAUCUUUCAAGUUUUGUGGUACCACCUCACUUUAAUCUUCCAAAGUCACACCUUCAAUGCUUUGGAGAGUCAGUUUAUUGCAUUGGUGAUGAUUUAUUGCACAAGUGUGUGGCUGGAAAGAACCCCCUUGAAAGAUUUGUAGCUGUUGUUGCAUGGAGUAUAUCAACUGCCCGACCAAUGAUCUUCGGUGUUGCUCCCUUUAAUCCUACUCUUGGGGAGACACACCAUGUUUCCAAGGGGACCUUGAAUGUUCUACUUGAGCAGGUCUCACAUCGUCCCCCAGUUACUGCUCUACAUGCAACUGAUAGAAGAGAAAAUGUUGAAAUUGUUUGGUGUCAAUACGCUGCCCCAAAAUUCAAUGGUGCUUCAGUUGAAGUUGCGGUGAAUGGGAAAAGGCAAAUGAAACUUUUGACCUAUGGCGAAAGCUAUGUAUUGAACUCUCCCAAGCUCUUCAUUAGAUUCUUCCCAGUUAUGGGAGUAGAUUGGGUUGGUAAUGUUACAAUUCAGUGUGAAAAGUCUGGCCUUAGAGCAGAGUUGUGUUAUGGAGGCAGUUCUUUUCUUGGGUUCAGAGGAAAUCAAAGAUCUGUUAAGGGAAAGAUAUUUAACUCAGCAUCAUUGAAGACAAUUUAUGAGAUAAAUGGCCACUGGGACAGAACCAUUACAGUAAGAGAUGUUGACAAUGGGAAAGUUACAGAAUUAUACAACGCAAAAGAUGUCAUAUCAACACUAAAAACCCCCAUGGUUAAGAAUCCAAAGGGAUUAUGGCCAAGUGAAUCGGCUGUAGUCUGGAACAAAGUAAGCCAGGGCAUUCUAAGCAAAAAUUGGGAGAAAGCAAGCGAAGCGAAGAAAUAUAUUGAAGAGAGAGAAAGAGAAAUGUUUAGAAAAAGGGAGUCCAAAGGAGAAACUUGGAUUCCCAAGUAUUUUACUUUAUCCUACACCAAGGAAAGUGGGUGGGAAUGUUCACCCAAGCAAAGAUGGGUCCCUCCAGCACCUAUUAUUGUCCCUUCAUUAUAAGCUCAGAUGAUAAGUCUAUUAUUUCAUUUUAAACACAAUGAAACUGAGAAAAUGAAGAAAAAUUUGUACUCAAAUAAUAUCCACCUUUAAAACUAAAAGAAUAAUAGAAAAGGAAAACACAUCAAAUGGUUGGUAAGAUGGGGAUAAUGGAUAUGAUGGUCGAGUAUUUGUCUAAUCUCCAGCCAUUUCAACUUGAAAAUUCCUAAGAAAUAGGUCUCUUUAGUUUCUAUUAUUUUAUAGGGAAGAUUUAUUCUGUUUCUGGAAUCCAUGUCUUGAGAGUUUGGAAAGUUUUAGUACCGGCCGGCAACUUGAUGCAACCCUCCUCCUUUGUCCAUGCUUGGGACUGGUAGUGUAAGACAAGCUCACAUCGGUGGAGUUGAAAGGGUAAAAGGGAUAGGAGUAGACCAAAAAGAACAAGGGCGAAAGUAAUAGAAAUGAUUUAAGUGCCCAUAAUUUAACGAUGGGUGUGACAUUAAGCAGAAUGGAAUGGCAGAAACAGGAUUCAUGUAGCUGACUCCAUAUGGUUGGGAUAAGGCUUGGACGACAAAGAUGAUGAUGAUGAUUUACUCUGUUUUCUGUCCCAUACUCCCAUGUGAUUCCCUAUAUAGUAUCACUGUUUAUUAGAUAUAGUCUGAGAUCUCAAUAGCUGCCACCCUAUGUUUUUAGCUUUGAAAACCACCAUGGGUAAUAGUGUAAUACUAAUGUUCAAAAUAUCCCAAUGUAUUGGUGUGUAUCAACUAAUAUAUAUACUGAA